AUGUCGCCGAACCACCCAGAUUUCUCGGUCGACGAGGAAGCCUUUCUGAACAAGCGUUGCCGCCCCGUGCAAGUGCCGGGCAUCGAGGUGUUCCAGGACCCCGAGCUGCUGCCCAAAGACUUUGUGAAGGACGUGGCGGAAGCGGGGCUCAGCCCAGACGGCCUGCCCCAGCCGGAGC